CACCAACGCAAUGCCCUGCUUGCAAUUGGUGGCUUCCGUUUUCACCUGCGAUCCGCCAAAACCACAGGGCCCAAGGACGGCCAAUCCAGCCUGCAACGCCAUUUCCAGCUUACGGAGUAUCUUCCUGCGGUAUGCUCAGUAGCGUGAGCCUCUUCCAUGUUCGGGAACACAAAGGAACGCCAUCGCUACACAAGGAGGCCGUUUUGUUCUAAGCCCCACCCGCUUGGGGGUUGAAUCAUAAUCCAACGGCUUCCAUAUCAGUCAACUUUUGCGAUGGUGGGCAACAACUUUUCAGACCAACCAGAUGCAGCUCCAAUUGGCGUUUAUCAUGCCUCUACCCCGUGGCACCCUCGGCCCGGCCUGCCUGGCCUUGUAGAGAUUCCACGUCUGCUGGCUCUGGUGAACGGCUUGAUUUCCGAUGUCUACUCGUUGGUCGAAUGAAUGGACCAGGCGAUGGGCAUAUCAAGAUUGUCUCAACUUCCAGACGGCCACGUAGCUGCAUCAUUGACUGCUGACGAUGUUCUGCAGGACAUUCAGAAGCUGGAAAUCCUCGGUUUUUGAUGCGAGUCUCGGUCCCGACUUCAAAGCUGCCGUAUCACAGCUCGCCCUUCCUUCUUCAAGCACAUAAGAAGGGCGAUCAACAUAGCAGACGCGGCGAAACACGCGUCUUGGAUCCCGGCAUCCCUUGCGUGCAGCAAUCUGCUUGACCAGAAUCAGCUCCCGACCUGGUUUCUUUUCCAGUGGGUUGGAGACAACCCGUUCCGAUCCGAAGAAGCGCCGUCUAGUACGUUCCGCGCGAAGCCACGGCACAUCGAUGCCGAUCCCAACCCAGGCCAGACGAGGCUCAGGGUCUGAGAGCUAAGGUACUGCCGUGAUCAUCGAUGGAACCGAGAUACCAAGUCCAAAUCACGUGCUGAGCAAGGCAACAUCACACGACAGAACUCUUGAUGAUUCUAGUCUUUCGCACCCUUUUGCGAGAAGACACAAACUCUAGUCCGAUGCUGACAAUGGUGGUUCUGUGUGGCCUACACACGGCAUCUGGUUUGCAAUGUUCCGAUCCUGGUGUCUAAGAUGGCAGCAGUGGUGCGACAGCGAUCACAGCAGCUGUGGAGAUGGUCUCACAAUGAUGCAGCUUUCAGCCUUUGUCACUAUCAGACCAGCCGAAAAGCUGCCGGCAACUCUUUCCCACCGCCGGCGGGCUACUCACGUCAAAAAUCAAUAUGCUUCCUCGCCAGUGUGGUGAGGGCAGCACCGGUAUUGCUGUUGCUCUCGGGUCCGGAGUGAGCAGAAUUAUCCGAGUUUACGUGCAAAGCCAUCAAUAGCAGUGACGGCUCCAUCCAGUCGUUUAUUCAGACACAGGCACCAGAUUCGAUGCAACAAAAGUCGGAGGAUUGUUGUCCCAAGAAUCUGGUCGCCAACGCGCUCCCGUCUGACAUGUUCUGCCUGGCCCAUUCAAGAAUGGUGUGGCUCUUCAUUCGCUUGUCAAGCGAUGCUGUGGCGGACAUCCCCAAAUAAUGUCCUGCCACCAUCUCCUCCACACACAUGUGCCCAGCACCACCCCCUGCCAGUUUCCGGCCUUGUGGUGAGACAGAAUUUCAACGGAAAUGGAACCCACUGCAUUCUGCCGUACUGGCAUUGUAGCACUACUUGAGACGGCCACCUGCGCACAAACACACCGCAUUGUUCGACGGUUCGCGCUGACAGGGCGGCUGCGGCGUUACGGUAGUGACAUUACUAAUAUCGUCCAGAUAGUCAACGGCUUUCUCACCUCCAUCGCCCUCUUUCACUCCAACAGGAUAUGAUGAGGCACAGUCCUUGAUAGCUGGAUCCUGGACAUCUUAUUGGUGCCUCCCCGGCCGCUGUUGUGAGCGUACCAGGAAAGGGAAUCCGGGUACAGGAGGGAAUUUUAGUUUGUGGGGAGCGGGAAGUUCGUGCAUCAUGAACCUGAACGAUGGGAACAAGGCAAUUAUUCUGCACAUUUUCAAGCCGGUCUUGACUAUUCUUGGGGCGCGAGCCUCUCCUUCGGAACGGAUGUAAGUGGGCUAGACAGUGCAACAUUUCCCGGCAGAUAAUAGGCUGAAUCGCACAUCUGUCUCCUAGGCACUUUGAGAUAAUAUACUCCCUGAAUAAGACCUAAUUACGGCGCGGCAGAGCUACAGCCACAUGCUCACCUCUGAAGCCCGCGGAAUCCCACAGACCAGGAUACGCACCAACAGCCUGUUCAAGAUGCCCGCCGCCAUCGCCCACUCUACGGACUCUCUCCACUGUCUGAUCCAAACACGCAGCCGGAAGCGGUUGGGCCACCGAGCUUCCUGCGAUAGUGUUGGCAGCUCUGGCGCCAUAUCGGCUGUGGUCCUGGGAAGCGAGAUGUACGACGUUUCCGGGUGACAGACUUGACUUAAUAGGGCAAUGUCUCACACAGCAACGGACCGUCCUGUCUUCGGAUCCCGGAAGGGAAAGAGCAUUGGUAUGAGACAGAUAUAACUUCCAUCCGCCCAUCCCACCUGCCCUGGCUUCCAUUGCUCUUGGCUCUUGCCUUUCAGAAAGGCGGAAAGCGCCCUGAUCCUGUCAACCCCCCGCCCUUCUCAGCCCUGAGGUCGUUGAAGAGUCAGCAAACGAGCAAAAGGGAAAGGACACAUUCAUCGUUGACCUCGACCCCUGGUUGAUCUUGCACCUUAUUUCUGCAAAUCAUCGAACCAUUUUACAGACACCUUCUCACCUUCCUUCCCGUGAAUACCUAAAGAGGCAGCCAAGCCAAAAUGGAGGGCCUCACGCUCAUCUUGCUCUAUCUCGCCAUCCCCAGUCUGGUCUACUCGGCCAUCCAGCAGAUCCUGUCAUGGAAGAAGAAGAAGUCGGUCACCACGGUGGCCAAGUUCCCCGGUCCCAAGCAGUAUCCUUUUGUAGGCCGUAUUCAUGACCUCCCCCGGUUUUCCAUGUGGUUGAAGUUCAAGGAGUGGGCCGACGAACAUGGACCUAUUUUCCAGACCAGGGCAGUGGAUCAGACGUUCAUCAUCGUGUCGGACGAGAAGAUUGCGGAGGAGCUGUUGGUUAAGAGAGGGCACAUCUACUCCGGUCGGCCUCAGAUUCGAUCUCUCAUCAACCACAAGGAAGGGGUUGGAUACUCUGCUUUGAUGGACCGUCAUGACACAUGGAAGACGCAGCGUAAGUGGGCGCACGCCGCUAUGGCCGAAGCAUACAAGCACCACUUUUACGGCCACUGCGAAAAGGAAAUGAAACGCUACCUCGGCCUUCUCCUCAUCGAUCCCGCCCGAUUCCUCGAUUACACGCGUGAGUACUGUGGCCGUGUCAUGUCCCGACUCGCCUGGGAUGACGCUACUCAGGGAAAGGCCAACGGUGAUAGCGCCGACACCACCCUCCACUGCAUGAGCGUCUCCGGUCCCAUCACCAACACCGUCACGCCGCUCUGGCACCUGCCUUCGUUCAUGAAUCCAUGGUACAACUUUGAGAUCAAGCGCGAGAAGGAACAGCGGGCCUGGUGGCUUAACAACUUCCGCCUGGCCAAGGACAGGAUGCUAAAGGGCACGCUCCCUAACGACACGUGGGCCUACCGGUAUUUUGAGCAAUUGAAGAGGGAAGGGAACGAGAGUCUGGAUCAGGAAGAGGAGCAGGAGAUCUUUGCGAGCUGCAUGAUUGGGUUUGUGAACCUAGUCGGUGUAGUGACGAUUAGUGGACCGCUAAAGUUUUUCUUAAUGGCCAUGGCGCUGCAUCCGGAGUGGCAGAGGAAGGCACAGGAGGAGAUUGACAGGGUCUGCGGGGGCAGGAUGCCGACUAUGAAAGACUUUCCUGACUUGCCGACUGUGAGGGCGUGUUUGAAGGAGACGGUGAGGUGGAGGUCGGGGGUUCCGCUUGGUGUUCCUCAUCAGGCUGAGCGGGAUGAUGUUUUUAGGGGGGUUCCCAUCAAGAAGGGGACUAUUAUUCUCGCUUGCGAGUGGAGUCUCAACCGCGUCCCCGAAAAAUACCCCGACGGCGACAACUUCCGCCCCGAGCGCUGGCUCGAGCCCGGGUGGCCCACGUAUCAAGAACCUCUUACCAGGUACCCCAACUUCCGCGAGGGGCAGGCCAUGCACAGCUUUGGCUGGGGUCGACGCACCUGCCUCGGGCAGAAUAUUGUCGAUGACGAGAUGUUUGUCUUUGGAGCUUCGUAUCUCUGGGCGUUCAAAUCUGGUCCCAAGAUUUGCCCGCGCACGGGAGUACCAGUGCCAAUUGACACGCAGGCGACAAACAGCCAUGUUAUUUUAGAGCCGUUGCCGUAUCAUUUGAGCUUCAAGGUGAGGAGUGAGGAGAUGGCGAAGCUGAUCUUGUCGAAUUAUCAGGAGGUUAUGGGGGAGUUGAAGGUGUAGUGGGGAAGGUGCAGAAAGAUGAGGGCAAUGGAACAGAGCACACAUUGGCAAUAGAGUGUAUGUAAUUUCUGCUUUGGUCAGGAAGGGCGAAGGGUGAAUGCUGGGGUCAUGUAGCCGUCAAUAUCUUUGGUUGGGGAGGCUGGAUUACUACUACCAUUUUUUAGUCUUUGUUUUCUUUUGUUACCAGUAUCAUUAUUAGCUAGGGCACUGUUUUUACUCGGGAGAAAAGGUUUCAAGAAUUUUGCGAAGAAAUGAAAUGUAUGAAGAAA